AUGGAGGGAAGAGCAAUCCCAAAGCAUCACGUAGAAGAGACGGAAACAACACGUUCUGUUACGCUUCCGGCGUGGACAAUCACUGCGGAAAAUCAUCCCAUCUCGAAUGCGGCUCAUCUCGAUAGGUUGGGCCUGGAGCUCGGGAUUCCGAUGCCAGAGAUGACAUUCGGACACAAUCUUAUCAGAUUGAAGCAUCGGGAAUCUGGGUGGGAAUACCAAUUUGAUACUUUGCAUGCGCUCCAGCAUGUCAAGAAUGGGCCAUUAGAGGACGGAGACGGUGCUGUAAAAGUGCGCUAUGCGGAUGAGUGGCUCAAGAGCCGGACUGACCCAAACUCGCAAACGCCACUUCCGCAGACGGUGCCAACCAAGCCGUACGACUGGACAUACACAACCAUGUACGAGGGCCACGUUUCAAACGAAGAAGGUCUCCGGUAUCCAUUUAUCAAGACACAGGACCCAUUACAUGCCAUUCCUAUGGCCGAGCUACAGAGACACGACCCAAUCCUUUUUUAUGCCCAAACACUCUUGUUUGAAGAUGAACUUCAUGACAAUGGGUCUUCAUCUCUACUAGUUCGCCUGCUUUAG